GCAGAAAGAGAGAAGGAAAGAGAGAACGAAAGAGAAGUGUUUCCCUUGGCUAUGGAAACUCUAUAAAGAGAUAGCCGGGCUUUUCUUCUCUCAAGCAGUCAGAAACAGCAGUCCCAGCCUUGACACCUUUGCUGGGGGCUCGUCCGAGUGACCGGCUGCCAUGCAGCAUCCCUUGAAUUACCCCUACCCCCAAAUCUACUGGGUGGACAGCAGUGCCAACUCUCCUUGGGCCUCUCCAGGGUCAGUCCUCCCGUGUCCAUCCUCUGUGCCAGGGAGGCCCGGGCAAAGGAGGCCACCGCCACCACCGCCGACACUACCACCACCACCACCACCACCACCACCACCACCACCACCACCACCACCGCUGCCUCCACUGCCACUGCCACCUCUGAAGACGAGGAGGGACCACAACACAGGCCUGUGUCUCCUUGUGAUGUUUUUCAUGGUUCUGGUGGCCCUGGUCGGAUUGGGGCUGGGGAUGUUUCAGCUCUUCCAUCUACAGAAGGAGCUGGCUGAACUCCGAGAGUCUACCAGCGAAAGGCAUGUAGCACCAUCUUUGGAGAAGCAAAUAGGUCAACCCAAUCCACCUUCUGAAAAAAGGGAGCUGAGGAAAGUGGCCCAUUUAACAGGCAAGCCCAACUCAAGAUCCAUCCCUCUGGAAUGGGAAGACACAUACGGAAUUGCCCUUGUCUCUGGGGUGAAGUAUAAGAAGGGUGGCCUUGUGAUCAAUGAUACUGGGUUGUACUUUGUGUAUUCCAAAGUGUACUUCAGGGGUCAGUCCUGCAACAACAAGCCCCUGAACCACAAGGUCUAUAUGAGGAACUCUAAAUAUCCCCAGGACCUGAUGCUGAUGGAGGGGAAGAUCAUGAACUACUGCACUACAGGCCAGAUGUGGGCUCGUAGCAGCUACUUGGGGGCAGUAUUCAAUCUCACCAGUGCUGACCAUUUGUAUGUCAAUGUAUCUGAACUAUCUCUGGUCAGUUUUGAAGAAUCUAAGACAUUUUUUGGCUUAUAUAAGCUCUAAGAAAAGCACUUUGGGAUUCUCUCCAUAUGGUUCCUUGUUACAAGCACUGAGAACAUGGUCUUGAAUGAGAGUCUUCUUAAGCUCACUUGAGGUCAAGUGAGAAGACAUGAUCCAGGAGUAUCUUAAGACCAUAGGGUUCAGCAGGUUUACAGUUCCUCAGCUCACCUAAGGUCCAUGAACCAGACAGGAAGAGGAACAUGACUGAAGAACAUGAGACUCUGGGCUACCAUAUGAAGAUGCAGAAGCAGGAAGAAGUAGCUACUAGAGUGUUCUACUCUCAUUUUAAGUGUCCAAAAGCAUUUUGACACAUUGAAAAGGACACCUGUUAACUCACCUCUUGGGGUGGGUCUACUAUCUACCUCAGGGGAGGAUUUUUGAUAUAUGGAUGUGACAUGAGUGUAUAAGGGAUGGAAAAAGAGGAGUAGGCUUGUGUGAUAAGCUAAAGAAACCAGAAGGCCAGUGUCCCAUUGGCAGCACCUUUACUUCUAAACGCAUAGCCUGAACCACCAGGUGAUGCUAACACAGAAGCAAAGGGAAUCUUUUGUGAAGUUAUCCCAUUCCCCACACAGCAUGUAUAUUUCCAGUGCAAUUUUGGUGUGUGUGUGUGUGUGUAUGUGUGUGUGUGUGUGUGUGUGUGUAUCACAUGCAUUUGACUAGAAGAGUUAUGUAAGAAGAGAUAAUGUGGAAAUUGUGAAGGAUAUGUUAGGAAAUCAUGGGUUGCAUUUAGUGGUAGAUUUUUGAAUACUUCUUGGCAACCAACUCAGCUGUCCUCAAAAUAGCCCUCAAGACUCUUUGAUUGUCAGGUGUUGAUGCUGUUUUCCUAUAAUCAGUAUUUAUAUGCAUUUUGUGUAUUUUAAUAAAAAGAAUACAUGUAAUAAAAAU